AUGACGUCGGGACAAUUCGACGACGUUGAAGGUGUCCGCGGUGUUGAAAUGUUGGACCUCCGGGCUGGGGGGGAGGUGGGUCAUGUUCCAGUGGAGGGAGCAGGAGAUACUGCAGGAGAAGCGGAGAGAACCGGCGCUGUCGCAGUAGAGGUGGAGGAAGAAGAAAAGGGGUGGGUUGAUCAGCUGUCCCAAGAACCCGCCCCGGGGAUGGAAUUCGAGUCCUCAGACUCGGCCCGGGCGUUCUACGUCGCCUAUGCGGAGCGCAUUGGCUUCCGCGUGCGGAACAGCAAAUCCUUCACGUCGAGGGUCGACGAAACCGUAAUCAUGCGCCGAUUCGUGUGCUCUAAGCAGGGGCGACCCACCAAGAAGGAUCCCUUUGACCUCACCAAGAAGAGGCGCAACAGGGUCUCGUCCAGAGAGGGUUGCAGAGCUAUGUUCCAGGUCAACCGGCGUGAGAAUGGCCAGUGGGUGGUCUCAAGAUGCGUGCUUGAGCACUGCCACCCGCUUGGGUUCGCCUCACUGCCACCUUCAGCCUUCCGGAAGAAAAUGACCAAGAAGCCAUGGGAGAUUCUCAGCGGGGGCGGCGCUGGCGAGGCCCAGCAGACUGGGUUGGGGGCUGGCGGCGGAGUGGCCCAGAGUCUUCUUGAAUAUUUCAAGCGGAUGCAGGUGGACAAUCCCGCCUUCUUCUAUGCAAUUCAGGUCGACAGGAACAACUGCGUGGCCAAUGUGUUCUGGGCUGAUGCCAGGGCGAGGAUGGCCUACAGCUACUUUGGCGACGCUGUUACCCUUGACAUGUCCUGCAAGAAGAACAAGCGCAUCUUGCCCUUUGCUUCCUUCACCGGGGUCAACCACCACAGACAGCUCAUUGUCUUCGGAUCCGCCUUUAUGACUGAUGAAUCGGAAGCCUCGUUCACUUGGCUGUUUGAGACCUGGAUCUCGCUGAUGAGUGGGCGUUGCCCAGUCUCACUAACCACCUGUUUGGAUGAAAAAGUCGAAUCAGCUGCCGAGAAGGUUUUCCCAAACGUUCAACAUCGUAUCUGCAGAAGAGAUAUCUUGAGUAGAUGCAAGGACAAGCUGGCAGAUGUCUACACCAUGUACCCGGACUUCAAAGGGGAGCUCAAGAAAUGUGUUAACGACCCAGAAACUGAUGAAGAGUUUAGGGGGCUUUGGGCUUCACUGAUUGGGAGUUUUGGCUUGGAGAAGAACGGAUGGUUGCAGUAUCUUUUCAGUAUUCGUCACAAAUGGGUCCCUCUCUACCUCAAAUCCUCGUUCUUCGCAGAUAUUUACCCGAGUCAGAAGCUGGAGAACAUCCACAAGCUCUUCCAGAGGCAUUCCAUCACGACAACAACUCCGCGGGAUAUAGUGAUGCAGUUUGACAGGGCCAUGGCGAGUCAGUACGAGAAGGAAAUCCAGGCUGAUUCAGUGACCAUUUCCACCCGGCCGGUGUUGAAGACUCCAUCUCCCAUAGAGAAGCAGGCGUCAGAGAUCUAUACAAAGGCGAUAUUUGAUCUUUUUCAAGAGGAAUUGGUGGAGUCCUCUGGGUUCUUGAUGGAGAGAAUCGAGGAAGGAAUAGUUAGUAAGUUCCAAGUGGCUGAUGUAGACAAUGCGAGAAGGUCGACGUAUCUCGUCACCUACAAUGCCUCUGAAACUAGGUUCUCUUGCAGCUGCUGCAAGUUUGAGUUCACAGGCAUUUUAUGCAGGCAUGUGUUCAGGGUUUGCUUGGUUGUAGGCAUGAUGGUGCUUCCAGAAGGCUAUAUCUUGCGGCGCUGGACGAGGAACGCCAAGAGCAACGCUCUCUUGCUUGAGCAUGGCGCUGCUCUUCAGAACAGCAAUCAUAAAACCCUGUCACUGAGGUGCAAUGAUCUCUGCCGAGAUGCCAUUAGAUAUGCUGAGGAGGGUGUGGCCUCGGCUGUCGUUUAUAAGGUUGCGAAGACGGCGUUACGGAGGGCGUUCUCUGAGGUUCUUGCUGCAAAGAAGGCCAUCUAUUCAAUGGGCCCAGGUAUAACUGAAACUCUGUAUUUGUUCAUGACUAUACAGGUAUAUUUAUUUAAAUAUUUAAGUAAAUAA